GUUCCGACCUCGUAAAUAUUUAAACAUUGAAUACAACUUGUAAAGAAAAUAUGUAAUUUUGUGACCUGUCUCUUUUAACCCGCAGCACCAGUCGUGGUGACAUGUCAGACGGCCCCGCAACACCGGAAUGGGACAUUAACGACGCAGUAGUACCACGGGUCACUCAUUUUGAUACUUUCGGCGAAUGGUGCGACGGCCACGUCCGCAGAGUCUACCCCCCUGGUUGCGAAGAAGCCAGAAGACAUGCCUCGGGAUGGGCCAUGAGAAACACAAACAACCACAAUGUGCAUAUUUUAAAAAAAAGCUGCCUUGGUGUCCUCGUGUGUUCGGUGAGAUGCCGACUCUCCGAUGGAUCGAGAGUGCACUUACGGCCCGCGAUUUGCGAUAAAGCGAGAAAAAAACAACAAGGUAAGCCUUGUCCAAAUCGAAUGUGCAGCGGAGGCCGUCUGGAAGUACUGCCGUGUCGCGGACAUUGUGGAUAUCCCGUGACACAUUUCUGGCGACACACAGAACACGCGAUAUUCUUCCAAGCUAAGGGUGCUCACGACCAUCCACGACCAGAAGCUAAAGGAGCUAGCGAAGUGAGGCGAUCCCUCGGCGCAGGCAGACGCGUUCGGGGCCUAGCACUCUUACUAGCCAGAGAAACUGCGAUAGCUGAAAAGAUACUCACUGUGAAGCCCGAUAAACAAAUGUCACAAAAACUGAGCAACCCGCAACCGCCGCCUCUUAUUCCAGAUAACCAAAGAGUAACACUCCAAUGCACCUGCGGGCCAUUCGAGUGUUCAUGUCGCUGGCGGUGUGAGCCAACGGAGACGUAUGGCGCUACGACGUGGACACCCGAACAUCACAACUACGUCACCUACGCCCCACCCGUCCCGCCAGCCCCCACGCUCCCUCCACCGCAACAAUACGAUCCUACAACUUUGCCGGCCGACGACAUAUUCCACCCUGAAGAAAUAUUUCAAUUAGACCAGCCAAUACGCCUAGAUUUCCCUAUCGAAGAAAGCACACUUGAAUCACCACCAACGUUUGCAGAAUUGAAUAGUGAAAAUUCGAGAACCGAGGACUCAUACUGGUUCGACUGGCAGCGAGCCGCCGGAGGGUCAGAGUCCAGUGAGACGCCUUCUCCGGAACUAUUUGGUAAUUGUUACCAACAGGCUGAAGCUUAUUGUGAGCAGCAAAACUACCCUCCACAAGCGUACUACCCUGACGAAGGGCAAUAUUACCAAACUGAGAGCAGAACAUCGCCCAUAACGGACAUGCAAGAACAGAGGUACUACAGAUACGGUCAGGAUUGUGCGCAAAACAUGGAAAUUCAAUCGUGGAAUUACAGCGAGUGUGCCUUCGCCAAUAAUGACUUAUCCGAAUGUAAACAAUACUUUGACGUGCAGCACCAACAAGCAGUAAACGCAUUCAGUGCCCUUUUAUAAUGCAAUAGUAAUUAGUUGUAAAUAUUUUGUAAAUUGUAAAUAAGCUCGACCCUAAGAUAGUUUAAGUUGUUGAUAUGUUACUUUGGUACAGAUUGUUCCUGAAAAUUUAUGUUCCACCAAUUUAGCCUUAUAAUUGUAUUAAAUUAAAUUUUAUUUACUUACCCAUGCAUUUCAGGGGCAUUCCUCGCUAUUAAUAAAAGUAAUUUUCGUUCUAAGAGAAUG